AUGGACGACCUGUACAACACAUCAUCUGUUUUAAUGCUAAAUCGCUUUAAUCUCUCCUCUGAGAAUGCCUUUCCUGCUUUUCUUUUUGCAACUCUCAGCUACAUGAUCAUACUUUUCUGCAACCUUAUUCUAAUCCUCACCAUUGUGCUGAACAAAUCUCUGCAUCAGCCCAUGUAUCUAAUACUGCUGAACCUUCCUAUCAACGACCUCAUAGGCUCCACGGCGUUCUUCUCGCAGGCCAUUAAAGACCUACUGACAAACAGCAAGACAAUCCAAUAUUCAGCUUGUGUUGCCCAAGCUUUCUUUAUCCACAUCUACGCAGCAGGUACAGUGUUUAUUCUCUCUGCUAUGGCGUAUGAUAGAUACAUCGCCAUAUGUUUCCCUUUGAAAUACAACACAGUUAUGACUUAUGCUCACAUUAUGAGAAUAAUCACACUAGUGUGGAUGAGUAGUUUAGUUAUAAUAGGGGUACUUUUUUUCCUGCUUUUGCGUUUACCCCGCUGUCGAUCUGAAUUGACACACCCCUACUGUGACAAUCCGUCUUUGCUGACUCUGGUCUGUGGCAACACAACCAUAAAUAACAUCUACGGGCUUUUUAUAGUUGCUCUUUCACAAGUGAUAGCUAACGGGAUGAUUUUGUACACAUAUCUCCAAAUCCUUGUCGCAUGCUUCAGAUCCAAACGGUCUGACACAAAAGCCAAAGCUCUGCAGACGUGUGCUACGCAUUUAAUUGUUUUUCUCUUAUUGGAGUGUCUGGGUCUUUUUACCAUCAUCUCUUACAGAAUAAAGAAUAUUUCAUCACAUUUAAGGAGGUUCAUGGGGCUGUCAACUUUAAUUUUCCCCCCAACAUUGAAUCCAAUCAUCUAUGGACUGAAAACUAAAGAAAUUCGAGAAAAAGUCCUGUCCUUUUUUAGGAGUAAAAUCCUACCAUCUUGA